AUGGAAGAUGGCAUUGAUAUUCCAAUCAAUGAAGUUAGAAUCGUGUCUAGUAGAAAAACUCUCACACAUGCUCAUAAAAAUAUCUAUAGAAAACAUCAUAGAGUUAGAGGAAUCUUGGUUGAUGUUCUACCUCAUUCAGAGUACAUUAAAAUCAUUGAUAGAUCUUCUGCUAAGACCAUUUUCAAAUCCCUAUGUGCUACCUCUGAAGGGAAUCAACAAGUUCAAGAAGCUAAGGAUAACCUUCUUGUUCACCAGUAUGAGUUGUUCAAAAUGAAAGAGGAUGAAGACAUUGAAACCAUGUUCUCAAGGUUUCAAGUUCUUGUAUCUGGGCUUCAGGUUCUGAAUAAGAGAUAUACUACCUCUAAUCAUGUCAAGAUUCUUAGGAGGCUUCCUGUCAGAUACACACCAAAGGUGACAACUAUCGAGGAGGAUAAAGACUUAAACAUAUUAAGUCUUGAAAGUCUUAUCAGCAACUUCCAGAUCCAUGAGAUGAAGCUUAAUGGAGAUGGACCUGUCGGAAAGUCAAAGCCUCUUGCUUUGAAAUAUGUUGCUAAAACUACCAAGGCUCAUCAAGUCUGGGAGUCUGAAGAAGCUUAUCAUAUAGAAGGUUCUGAAGAUGUUUCAAAUGAUGAGGAAAUGACCUUAAUCAUAAAAAGAAUAUAUAUUCUCUGCAAGAAGCUUGGUCACUUCACUACUGACUGUCCUGAAGUGCAAAGGACAUCAAAGAAGGGAAGAUUUCAAAAGGAUAGCUUCAUAAAUAAGUUCAAGAAAAGUCUCAUGGAAACAUGCGAUGAACUUGAUAAUGAAGAAGACUUUGAAAAGGAUGAAGAGCAUGCAAACCUUGCUUUGAUGGCUCUUACAUCUUAUGGAGAAGAAUUUGACUCCGAUUCUAGUUCAAAGUCUGAGGAAGAGGAUGAGGAAGAAUUAAAUUUUGUUCAAAACAAAAAUGAAGCCUUAGAGAAGGAUCAUAUUGCUCUUGUAAAGGAAGUGUAUGAUAAACCUUUUAAUGAUCAUGAAAUGCAUCUUCAAGAGUUUAUCAUAAAUGGUUUUAAUAUAACUAAACUUGCUUCCAUGAUUUAUGGAGUAAGUAGAAGCAAAUGGGAAGGUUACUCACAAAAAGCUUUUAAUCUAAAGUUUGAAACCUUGAGUAAACCAAAAAAUCCUUCUUCAUCAAGCUCUGCUAAGAGAGGGCUUGAAUAUUAUUUUGUACUUGAUACCGAAAACGCAAAGACUGUGAACCAGUAA